UCCGAUCCAACUGUCAGUUUCAGCUUACCCGCCGUGGGUCGUUGACGCGCGUGGCUGUGCCGCAUUUAUCGCCAUGGUUCCAAACGGACCCGUACAACGUAACUCUCUUCUAAACUUCGAAUUGUAACUGUUAUUUUUGUGUACAAAAUUUCAACAGUUCCUUUCAGUUUAUUGUGUGUAAUAUGACUGUGCCGUGAUCUUGAUUGAUAUAUUUUUUAUUUUAUUUUAAACGACUACACGAUGCAAACGGUUCUGAAUUUUAAUUCCAUGUUGAGAGUGUACGAUUUAGUAUUUCUUGAAAAAUGUUGACAGUAAUACUAGUGUUUUCUAUUCUACUUUUCCAAGCAUUCCAAUCGGGCGACUGCUCCAGCUUACUAUGCGGUCGCACAAAGGAAGUGGAGGUCGGAGGCAACGCGGGGGCGGGGGCGGCUUUAGCGCUGUCCCUCUCCCGCCCACCUUCUGCCGGCAACACGACGUGUCAACUCCGUUUGACAGCGCCUGAAGCGGCCGCCUUUACUGUACGACUGAUUGACGUUAAGGAAUCGCUAGUUGAGUGGGAGCGUGGUUUGACGGACUUGCGCGAAGGCGCGGCGCCGGCCCGUAAGUGGAGCGCGCGCAGUCCGGCGCACGCGCAAGACACCGCAACCGAUGGCGCGGCGCCGCUCGCGCACAACAACACCGACGCCUGCAAAAUGCUUAUUUACAUCGUGGAUGCUAAGAAUCCAAUAUGGCGUCUGUCGCUGUGUGGCGGGAACGCAGCGCAGGUGGCGGCUAAGGCGGGCACUAAGCUGCUGCCGCCUAAGAUCAAGAUUGUGUGGAACCCCCCUACCACUCCCUACCAGCACACCGAGAAGUUGCGGCUUGUCGUCACCGCUGUUAACAGUGGAGCAAUAUGCAACGACGAAUCCCAGUUCGUAUGCGGCAGUACCAGUCUCUGUAUUUCCUCUUACCUGGUGUGUGAUGGGGUGCGGCACUGUCCAGGCGGGGAGGACGAGGACAGUUCCGCCUGUGCGCACAGACGAGACCCACCUUUCUUAGAGCUGCUGCGAAGAUUUGCGGCUAGAAAUCAGGAAUUAUUGGGUCUGGACCAGCCUGAUGGGAUGACUAAACCUUCAGUUAUAAGCGAUAUAAAACUUGCAGUGAAGAUCGGAGAGAGCGAGCAGAAGAGCAACGCGUUCCUGGAGUUCGCGGCGGCGCUGAAACCGUACGGACCUUGGAGCUAUCUCGUCGUCGGAAUGCUCAUCUGCGCCACCAUUCUCAUGUUCUGUCUCGCUUGGGAGUGCUGCUGCAAGAGCUCCAAGCCGUCGGACACGCCGAUCAACAUUCCACCAUCAUGCAUAGACAUGCCGCCGACGGUGACGGUGACGUCAUCCUCACAGCAGCUGUUCUUGUCCCAGGCGCCCCCCGCGGCACCCCCCACACCCCCAGAGUAUGAGCCGCCCCCCUCCUACUCCUCCCUCUUUCCGCGUGCCUUCAAAUCCUCCCCAACGCCCGUCCCCCACUGCUCCCACCAGGAACCCCCUGAUUGAACUCAUACAUACACUCAUAUUUAUAGUUAGUCGUUUUUCUAAUAUCGCACGUUGUGGCACUCAUGAGAUUCUUUUGCGGAAACAAAUAAGAAACACCAUGUAUAAGUGGUCAAACUUUUCAUUUCUUUGUUACAUAACAGAUUAAAAAUAUUGAAAUUGACAAUUUGGUAUAAAAAGAUUCUUUGUUACCAAUCAAGAAUCCGUCAACCAUACAAUAAUACAAAUACCAAGAUGGUUACAAACAUACAAAACGGUUAUGUGUAAUCAAGUCUUCAAGUUUUAUUG